AUGAAACAUGAAGAAAAUUAUUUGGAGUUUAAACUUGAACCGAAAAUGAAUUUACCAAUAACAGAGCCGAAACAAUUUCAACUUGGUUUUAAACAUAUAUGGACCGUUUUUGCUAAUCAGAGCAAAUUUGAAAAAGAAGCUACAUCAAAUUUAUUAAGAAAUACAGCAUUUGACGACUGCAAAUCGAUCAUUAGACGUCGUCUUGGUUGUGAACAUACAUGUCCAGGAUGUGGAGUGAAAUGCAGUAAACCAAGUCUUCAUCCAGCAGAACAAGUAAAAGUACUACCAGAAUGCUGUCAAUGUCAAACAGAUGAGUGUAUUUGCCCUGAUGUGACAUAUGUUGAUUGUGUUAGUCAUGAGAAUGAUUAUCGUAUUCCGACAGCAUUCCAUGGCGAACGUUAUCAUAAAACACAUAAACCAUAUUUACAUUCUUGUUAUCAACAAUGGACAACUGUCGGUAUUCAUACUGGCGACGGUGAGAUAAUUCAUCCAAAACGAUUAUAUUAUAAUAAAAAACAUUUGCAAUGGCAUAAAAAUCUUGAUAAUUUGGCAAAAACUGCUCCCGAUAAAGACGAUCCUUGUCCAUCUGAAGAACAACGACGUGCAUGGAUGACCGUAAGACAUUAUUUAACGGCUAAAAAUAAGAUGAAGGAUUACACAGAUGAAGAAUAUGAUGAAAUGUUAUAUCCUAAAGAGUUUAAUACAAUACCUAUUAAUUUUCAAAUAACGUGGAAGGACGAAAAUAUUGACGGUACUCAUAUACCAAAUGGCGAUUUCUCCAGUUUUAUAUUUUAA